AGGCGCCGAGAUCUAUCGACUGAUCGCGUUUUGUAGGCGACCAAGAUCUCCUCUUGUCUUCGGAAGUCGUAGACGAAGUUUCUGAAUUAUUCGAAGCGAUGACCGAUCGAAGAAAUCGCUUCGCGUUCUCUCGUGAGAUCGCCAGCUUGAACGGAUAAGCCUCGGCGACUGGGAGAUCGUCGAGGGUGAAUUGAUUGUUUGACCUAGUGGUCGAUGGUGGCGUGGAAAUGUAGGACGACGCCGAAGUUCUUCAGCCUCACGUGUUGGAUCUGCAAUGAUGUCAGUGAGUGUUUGGUGGGGUGCCGCAGUUCAAGGCCAUCGAAUAAAGUGUGCUGGCACCGCGACAAAAUGCCACCGCUGCUACCACUGCAUCAAGAGGUGACGGGGCCUUGGAAAGUCCCACGAAAAGAACACACCUUCGUUGCGAAGAGCAGUGUCGAGUCAGGUACGAGGUCAAUUGCAACAUUGACCCAACGCAGUCCAGCUGUGUUCCCAAAUGGAUCGAAGCCGAGAAUCUGUAUGCGGUGCCGGACUAUUUCAAAUAUCGCUCCAGAUGGUCCGUUAACGACAGUCGGAAGAGGACAGAGAGUGGUAGAUGACGGUCAAUUGCGUCGUGCGCAAUGCACUUGGGUGACUAUCUCGUUGACUGCCGAGUAGAGUCCUUGGUAUCGGGUGACGCAAAACGUUGAAUAAUGGUGGUACAGUUGCGAAUGUGUGAAUGGAACAAGAAGGAUGGAACUCUGGGUCAGUUCACGCACUGUGAGGUCGAACUGUGAUCGCGUAGGGGAAAGCCUCCGAGAUCCGAGAUCGCGGAACGCGUUGGGUGAUAAAAGCAA